AUGAAUUAUAAACCUUUCGUAGAAGAAAAAUUCAAACGAAUAAAUCAAAAAUUAAAUUUUCAACGAUGGUUCUAUUCAAUAAUAGGAAUUAUAACUAUUUCUGUUAUAAUUCUUCUUACUCUUGAACAAAUUCGAGAAAUGAAAAAAGAAAAUUAUGAAUUUGCAAUUUGUCUUUUACUUAUUGUUCAUUCGGUUUUUGUUCUUAUUUCUAUUCUUUCAACAGCUAUUUUCUGUCGUAUUACUAAUGCAUUUUUAACAACUUUAACAAUUAUACUUCUAUGUGCUUAUACUGGCGUUCAUUUUUACAUUCGAUUUUCAUUAUGUCAUAAUCAUCCAAAUGAAGAUUUCCAUUUGAUCACUGUAAAAAAAAAAACUACAAUUACUACUAGACAUAUGUGGAACGAGUCUUGGUCAUCGAGACCGAAAAAAACAAUUUUACCGGAAGCGGGGCCGGAAAAACUUGAUCCCACACAUGUUCGAUUAGGUUUUAUAUUGACUUUAUUAAUCUUAUUACUUCCAUGGACGAAUGUUAUGGUUCAUGAAUAUCGAAUGAAUAUUCUACCAGACAAAGAUAUGAUAAAUCCAAGAUCAACAACAUUUUCUUGGUUUUUAUAUCUUGAUUUUAUGCUAAUAAAUUCUUUAUUAAUAUUGAACAUUCGUAAUCAAUCAGAUUUUGGUCUUUAUGAAAUUCUCUUAUUAUCAAUUGGAAUACCUCUUACUUUAUUAUGGUUAUGUACGGGAAUGUUUAUGGCAAUUAAAAAAACUCCUUAUGUCGUCUUCUCUACUAUUUUUUAUAUAUUAUCACUAAUACACAUCAUUCAUUUAAUUUAUAUUACUUAUGGGGCUAUUUCUGAAUAUAAUAUGUUAUCAAAAAUCAAUGAAUCAACAUUAUUUCCUUUACUUAUUAUAAUAUUUAUUUGUAGUGGUAGCAAUAUUCUUAUUCAUACACUAACAAUCAUAAUUAGUUUUAUUUUAAUUGGUAUAUAA